AUUUUAGCCAUCACAAAUAUUAUGAUGUAUGAACAUAAUGUACUAUAAUGCAGUGUUUGGUACUCAUAUGAAUACAAUCUGUUUGUCACCGCAUUGGAUGUGUCAUUGUUUCUAUCACUGUAGAGGUUCAUGCCCGCUGAAGCGCAGCGAGGUGAUCUCCAGAGUGCCCGACCCAACGCCAAGACACAAGAUUCCCUCCUCUUUACCUCACACAAACCACCACCUCCCCAUUCCCCAAUGGAUGGCACCGCCGACACCUUCCCCAGCCAGGCCUGUGGGCCACAUGACGGCGCCGACCCCACCUCCACUCUGCGGUCGUAAAGCCCUUCAGGAUGUAUAAAUAAGUGAGGAAAGGAAGAAGAAGGACCAGAAGCUGACCAGACCAGAUGAAGAUGGAGCUCAGCGGGCUUAACUUUGCGCUCGCAGCCGUAGGGUUUCUUCUGUGGACCAGCGGUGGCUCUGCUGCACCCAUGGAGUGCCACUUCGACUCCAGAGCACUGUGUGUGUUCGAGGGGAGGCAGUUCUCGCUGGGUGAAACCUGGAUGGACAACGCCUGCAUGCAGUGCACCUGUCUGCACCCUGUGGGCGUCGGUUGCUGCGAGACGGUGCAUCGGCCGGUGGAUUUCCCUGCGUGGUGUGAGGUGCGGGUGGAGCCGGUGACCUGCAGAGUGUCUCUGGUGCAGACGGCCGACCCUCGUCUGCCCUGCUUGCCAGGUGACGACAUCAAGGACCCGAGUCACGGAUCGUUUCAGCUGCAGCAACAGCUGGAGGGGUAGAGGACCACUCCAGACCAGCACCGAUCUUUUCAAUGUUUGCCUGUGAAACCAAUUCUCACUACAGUUAAAUACCAGUAACCAUUUAAUACACAUGCAAUACCAAUAUAAAACUUUAAAAAGCAUCUGUAAGUGUUGGGAUUGUGUCAUCAGUGAAGGAAAUGUGAGUGAAAUGUGAGUCUGUGAAAAAAUGUACCGGUACGUAAAACUGCAGUAUUUUACAGCUAAUUGACAUUUAGAAAUGUUAGGCAUUAGUUUUCUUUACAUUUAACUUCGCUUUCAUUAUAUGUUCGAUGUUAGUUAUUAUGGUAGGCUGUUCGUCUGAUAAGUAUCUGAUAUGAGCUACAAACUAAAAGGAGAAGAAGCUGCAUAACUUUAUUUUAAGACAGAUUGUUUGGGGAGGCUUUCGUCCUGCAGAUCUGAACAUUUAUAUGAAGCCAAAUGCCAUUUCCUUAAUUAUUCCAAUAAUGGCUGAUUGUACAUAUAAGCAAAUAUAUACUGUGCGUAUAUUAAUAUAUACUGUAUAACUAUUCCUGACCUGUUCUCUGCUGUAACU